AUGUUAACUAUUCUUGCUGAACUUAUGCAUAAAUAUAAAAAGAGCUUAAAUCAACAGCAAAGCGGACACUCAAAAGCAGCAAAUAAAAGUUCAACCAGCACAAACAACAACAAUUUAACAGCAGAAAAACAAAUAACAGCGAAAAGCUCUUCUACAUUUGAAGAGAUUCUGUUAAGUUUUCGUUUAACAGAGAAUUUUCAACGUGCUUUAAAAUUAGACAAAUCGGACAGUUUCUUAGGCGUCAUUGCAGGGUUGCGUACAAUUAUUUGUCUAUGGGUGACCGUCUUCCACGUCUAUUACUAUUCACUGUUUGCUUUGACAAAUACAGCGCUAGUCUUUGCCAAAUUAGAGCAAUUCAUACUGCAGCCGGUGAUACAAGCCUGCUUCUAUGUGGACAUCUUUUUUGUUAUAAGUGCUCUCCUGCAUGUUUCCAAUUUUUUGGCAAAUGCAAAGCAACUGCAGUUGAUACGGAAUGGCAACUUUCUCCAAAAUUUUGUGUUAUUCUGUAAAAUUGUGUUUUAUCGUUAUUUACGCCUGACUCCAGUCAUGAUCAUCACGUUACUGUUGAGCGAUAUGUUAAACGACUUCCUUAACAUGUACUCCCCAUUUUACUUAGGCCCACACAGUGGUAUCUAUUGUAAAACCAACUGGUGGUAUAAUUUAUUAUAUAUUCAUAACAUUUUGGACAUGGAGAAUAUUUGUUGCUCGUGGACGUGGUACCUCGCCUGUGAAAUGCAGUUCUACAUUUUGUUCACUGUUUUGCUUUUCAUUCAUGCGAAAAAUGCUAAAGCGGCCAAAAUCGCCUUUGCCGUAUUAACGCUAGGAUUUGUGGCAAUCGCUUGGCUAUGCAAUUACCGCAACGGCAUAACAUUUCAAAUUGAUGUCAUCCAUAGUACGCUUAGUCAACUCUACGUGAAAUCAUGGGUUCGUUGUGUACCCUACAUUGUGGGUGUAGCCUUUGGUUGGCUUAUGCAUUAUUAUCGGCAUCAUCAUCAUCAUCGUCGUCGUCAUCGUCAUCAUCAACAGAAUCAACAAUAUUGGCAACGGCAACAACAACAACAACAACAACAACAACAAGAACAGCUACAGUAUGAACAUCGGUUACAAAAACAGUUGCAACAACAAGAACAACAACAACAACAAGUACAAGUACAACAGUUAGAACAUCAUGCACAAUACAGUGGCGUUGAGUCGACGACGGUGGAUUUGCGUGUAUCGGUUUGGCGUGCGGUUUUUUGGUUAUUCUUGGCCACAAUUUACGUUUUCACAAAUUUCAUGAGCUACUGGCGCUCGACACCCUCCUGGUUGGUUGCCAUAAUUAUGUCCUUUGGCAAAUUACUGUUCGCUAUCUGCAUCGGCGGUGUGAUUUUAUUGUGCGCCUUCGGCCAUGGUGGAUAUUUUGAUGCGCUCCUGAGUGCACGUCCAUUUCUGUUUAUGAAUAAGUUUUGCUUCAGCGUUUAUAUGGUCGCGCCUGUCAUUGUUUUUGCAUCUUUUGGUUUACGCAGUGAAGCAACCAAUUUCACUGAGGUCGGCUCUGGCAUGGAUUUUCUUGCUAUCAUUUUAUUGUCGAUGGCUGGUGCAUUUUUAUUGGUUUUACUCGUCGAGCUGCCAAUGCAGAGGAUUGCGAAUAUUUUACUGAGGCCGAAAUCGGUGCAUCAACGUGUUGACAAAAGUGUUAACAGUUCAUAGUGAUAACAAAUGUUUUAAUAAAGUGAAUUAUGAAGCGAAUAAAUUGAUUAACUUGUUAGUUUUGUUGUACAGUGAAUAGCAGUGAAAGUAGUUAGAAGUAUGAAAAGGCAAACGAAAGUGAAAAUGUAUUGAAUUCGAUGUAAAGGAGAAAAUAUUUGUAAAAAAAUUUAAACUUUUAAAAUAGAUAAAAA